AUGCUCACCUUCUCUCUCUCCCUCCCCCUCCCUCCCUUUCUCUCCCUUUCUCUCUCUCUCUCCCUCCCCCUCUCUCCCUUUAUCUCCCUUUCUCCCCCUCUCCCUCUCUCUCUCUCUCUCUCUCAACCUGGGUUUCUUUAUUUCCUUCCCUCUCUCUACCAUUCUAUAUAUCUAUGUCUCUUUCUACUAUCUGUUAUAUCCCACCUUUCUGAAGCGCCUUCGCGAUUGGAUCCUACUGUCUUUCAUUUUCUCUCCCUUUUCUUCUUUUUAUUUUCUCCUCAUUCAUUAUUGCUCCAAAGCUUUCUUUCUUUCAUUCAUUCUUUUCUCUCUUUUUUUUUGACUCAGUCUAUCAGUAUUUCUUCAUCGCACCCUUUCACUCUCUCUCUCCCUCUCUCUCUCUCUCUCUCUUUUUCUAUCUUUCUUGCUCCCUCUUUCGUAUUUUCUUUUCCCUAUAAUUCUCACUUCGUUUUUAUCUCGCUCGCUUUCUAUCUAUCUAUCUAUCUAUCUAUCUAUCUAUCUAUCUAUCUAUCUAUCUAUAUAUAUAUAUAUAUAUAUUGUAAAUUAAUUCUGUCUAUCUACAUGUUAAUCUAUCUCAAGCUGUUCUUUAUCUAUCUAUCUAUCUAUCUAUCUAUCUAUCUAUCUAUCACAUUUGUUCUUUUAACUCUCACUGUUUAUCUCUCUUUUGCUCACACUCUUUCUAUCUCUCUAUCUCUUUCCAUGCCUUCUGGCAUUUGUUCUUUCUUUCAUAAUAUUUCCUCUAUCAUUCUCUCUUCUCUCUUCCCAAUGAUGUGUUUCUUUAGUUACUCUCCCACUUUCUCUCUGUUGCUCUCUAUCUAUCCAUUUAUCUAUAAAAUGUCAUCGUCUUUCUUUCACUCUCCCUUUUCUUAUUUAUUAUUUUACCUAAUUUUUCUUUUCCUUUUACACUGUUUCUUUUCACUAUCCCCCAUCUAUCUAUCUAUCUAUCUAUCUAUCUAUCUAUCUAUCUAUCUAUCUAUCUGUCUGUCUUUCAUGUAUUUUUAUGUUUCUUAUUCUUUCCUUUCCCUCCCGUCCCCCCCAGAUAGUUUCAGUAUCAAACUUUUUUCUCUUUUCCUCUUCUUUUUCUUUAGUUCUCUUUUUUAUCUUUUUUUUUUCGUAUAUUUCUUUCAUAUUUUUCUUUUUUUUUUGUUUCUUUUUCUUUCAUAUCUUCAAAUUUUCUUUUCUUUUUCUUUCCUUUCUUUAAUUUUUCUCGCAACCUUUUUCUGCCUUUUCUUCACUUUUCACUUUUCCUUUUUUUUCUUUCCUUCAAUUUUCUCUUCUCCUUUUCUUUCUUUUAUUCUAUUUUUCCUCUUUCUUUUCUUUCUUUUCUUCAAACUUUCUCUUUUCUUCAACCUUUCUCUUUUCCUUUUCUUUCUUUUCUUUAAUUUUUCUCUUUUUCUUUUCUUUCUUUUCUUUAAUUUUUCUCUUUUCCUUUUCUUUCUUUUCUUUAAUUUUUCUCUUUUCCGUUUCUUUCUUUUCUUUAAUUUUUCUCUUUUCCGUUUCUUUCUUCAAUCUUUCUCUUUUUCCUUUCUUUUUCCUUCAAUCUUUCUCCUUUUAUUUUCUUUUUUUUCUUCAAUGUUUCUCUUUUCCUUUUCUUUCUUUAAUUUUUCUCUUUUUCUUUUCUUUCUUUUCUUUAAAUGUUUUCGCUUCUUUUUCUUCCCUUUUUUCAAUUUUUCAGUUUUCUUUUAUUCUUUCUUUCAUUCUGUCAAUUUUCUUCCUUUCUUUUUUAUUCGCAUUUACUAUCUCUACGUCUACUGUCUUCUUUCAUCCUUUAUUUUCAUUUUCUUUCAUUUUCACUCAUAUUCAAUUAGGAAUUUUCCCCACUUAGUAUUCCAUGUAAGUCUCACUCCUCUUCUUUACUAUUGCAAUAUAUUCCUCUCUUUUACCCUCACUAUAUCUUCCUCUUCUUUCACUCUCUCUCUCUAUAUAUGUUCCUCACUUUUACCCUCUAUAUCUACCUCUUCUUUCACUCUCUCUCUCUAUAUAUAUGAUCUCCUCUUUUACCAUCACUAUAUCUUUCUCUUCUUUCACUCUCUCUCUCUCUCUAUGUUCCUCUCUUUUACCCUCACUAUAUCUUACUCUUCUUUCACUCUCUCUCUCUCUAUAUAUGCUCUCCUCUUUUACCCUCACUAUAUCUUCCUCUUUUUUACUCUUACCAUAUAUUCCUCUCUUUUACCCUCACUAUAUCUUACUCUUCUUUCACUAUCUCUCUCUAUAUAUAUAUGCUCUCCUCUUUUACACUCACUAUAUCUUCCUCUUCUUUCACUCUCUCUCUAUAUGUUCUCCUCUUUUACCCUCACUAUAUCUUCCUCUUCUUUCACUCUCUCUCUAUAUGUUCUCCUCUUUUACCCUCACUAUAUCUUCCUCUUCUUUCACUCUCUCUCUCUAUAUGAUCUCCUCUUUACCCUCACUAUAUCUUCCUCUUCUUUACACUUAACAUAUGUUUCUCUCUUUUAUCCACAUUAUAUGUUUUUCUCUUUUAUUCUCUCUCUAUCUUUUUCUUUCUUUCUUUCUUUCUUUCUUUCUUUCUUUCUUUCUUUCUUUCUUUCUGGCAUGCUCUCUGGCAUGCUCUCUCCUUUUAUUUUUCUCUCAAUACCUCAUUUAGUCUUUUACAUCUUUCCUAUUUUUAUUCAUUCUCACCUAUACCAUUUUAUUUUUCUCUUUCUCUCUCUGACUGAAUUUCUUCUUCUUCUUCUUCUUCUUCUUCUUCUUCUUCUUCUUCUUCUUCUUUCCCUCAUCUUGUUUCUUCUACUCUUUCUUCUUUUUCCUUCCACUGUUUUUUCUUCUUCUCCCUCUUGUUAUUUUUUCACUUUUUCUCCCCCUCUUUCUUCUUCUUCUUCUUUUUCUUCUUCUUCUUCAUCUCCUCCUCCUUCCUUCUUCUUCUUCUUCUUCUUCUUCUUCUUCUUCUUCUUCUUUCCCUCAUCUUGUUUCUUAUACUCUUUCUUCUUUUUCCUUCCAUUGUUUUUUCUUCUUCUCCCUCUUGUUAUUUUUUCACUUUUUCUCCCCUCUUUCUUCUUCUUCUUCUUUUUCUUCUUCUUCUUCAUCUCCUCCUCCUCCUCCUUCUUCUUCUUCUUCUUCUUCUUCUUCUUCUUCUUCUUCUUCUUCUUCUUCUUCUUUUUCCCUCAUCUUGUUUCUUAUACUCUUUCUUCUUUUUCCUUCCAUUGUUUUUUCUUCUUCUCCCUCUUGUUAUUUUUUCACUUUUUCUCCCCCUCUUUCUUCUUCUUCUUCUUCUUCUUCCACUUCCUCCACCUCGUCUUUUUAAAAAUUUUCUUCUCUCCUCUCUCGUUCUCCUUCUUUUUUUUUCUUCUUUCAUAUCGUCUUUUCACCUCUCCUUGUCUUUUUCUCCUUCUUUUUCUUCUUUUCCUUCUUUCUCUCAUUCUUUCUUUCAAAUCACCCCUUUCUUUUAUUGCCCUUUUAACCAAACUCCUCUGA